UCUGGGACUGAGUGUAAACAUCAACACUCCCACUUCCCUGAUGACUGUUCAGUGUGAGCCCCUUCACUCCAAGAGUAUAAAAAGGCCUGGGCAGGAUGGAGUCUUGUAGAUACCCAGGGCUGCUGGGGGGAAGGACCUCCCUAGCAUGACAUCUAGCUGCUGCGUCACUGACACCUUACCAGCCUCUCUCAAGAGCUCUUCGCGACCUUCUUCCAUCUGUUCCAGUAACAUGGGCAGCAGGCCAGAGCUGUGCCUGGGUUAUGUCUGCCAGCCCCUGCAGUGCAUGCCCUCCAUCUGCAUGCCUACCACCUACCGGCCAGCCAACGGCCUCUCCAAGACCUACCUGUCCAGCUCCUGCCAACCCGGCAACCGCCGGCCAACCAGUUGUAUCUCCAGCUCCAUGGGUACCUAUGGCCUGUUCUGUGAGGGUGCCUUCAAUGGCAAUGAGAAGGAGACCAUGCAGGUCCUGAAUGACCGCCUGGCCAACUACCUGGAGAAGGUGAGGCAGCUGGAGAGGGAUAAUGCAGAGCUGGAGGGCAAGAUCCAAGAUGUCUACCAGGCGCAGGUGCUGACCAUGUGUCCCGACUACCAGUCCUACUUCCAGACCAUCGAGGAGCUCCAGCAGAAGGUUCUGUGCACCAAGGCAGAGAACGCCAGGAUGAUUGUGCACAUUGACAAUGCCAAGCUGGCUGCGGAUGACUUCAGGACCAAGUAUGAGACAGAGCUGGCCCUGAGGCAGCUGGUAGAAGCAGAUACCAAUGGCCUGCGCAGGAUUCUGGAUGAGUUGACCCUGAAUAAAGCUGAUCUAGAAGCUCAAGUAGAGUCCCUGAAGGAGGAGCUGCUGUGCCUUAAGAGGAACCAUGAAGAGGAAGUUGGUGUCCUCCGACAACAGCUCGGGGACCGCCUGAACAUUGAGGUAGAUGCUGCACCCCCCGUGGACCUGACCAGGAUGCUGGAGGAGAUGAGAUGUCAGUACGAGACCAUGGUGGAGACCAACCAUAGGGAUGUAGAGGAAUGGUUCAACAUGCAGAUGGAAGAACUUAACAAGCAGGUGGCUACAAGCUCUGAGCAGCUUCAGAGCUACCAGUCAGAUAUUAUUGAUUUGAGACGAACGGUCAACACCCUGGAGAUUGAACUGCAGGCUCAGCACAGCCUGAGAGAUUCUCUGGAAAACACACUGGGGGAGACAGAGGCCCGCUUCACCUCCCAGCUGUCCCAGAUGCAAUGCAUGAUCACCAACGUGGAGUCCCAGCUGGCCAACAUCCGCUGUGACCUGGAGAGACAGAACCAAGAGUACAAGGUGUUGCUGGAUGUCAAGGCCCGACUGGAGUGUGAGAUCGACACGUACAGGGGCCUACUGGAGAGUGAGGACAGCAAGCUCCCCUGUAACCCUUGCUCCACUUCCUCCUGCCAGCCUUGCGCACCCUCCCCUGGGGUGUCCCGCUCAGUCUGUGUGCCCCACACCGUCUGUGUGCCUUGCUCGCCCUGCCUUCAGAGUCGCUACUGA